AUGGCUGCUACCAUGUCGUCCUCAGAAGCACAGGUUCUUCAUAGUCCUCCAAGUCCUACCGUAAAGCGUCCUAAAGCCCCCAUAACCACCUCCGCCCCUCCCAUCACAUCCCCCAAACACGUUGCCGUCCCCAGCACCCCCACCACCUCAGCCAUCUCCGACCACGACGUCACUCUCCAAAACACUCUCCAAAACGCCGGACACCGACGCUCCUCGUCCGCCAGCCGUCCGAUCCGUCGUGCCUCCUCGGGAUCCACACACAACAGCCAUGACGAUUCGAAUAACAUGCGGCUGCAAUGGGACGAGGCGAAUCUGUAUUUAACGGAGCAGGAAAAAAGCUCGACGAUGAAGAUCAACGAGCCGAAAACCCCGUAUGCGAGACAUUACGAUCCGGCUGAGGAUGCGGAUGAGAUUCGCACGAUUGACGCGGGGGAGAUCGUGGUGGAUGAGCUGGAUAAGGUGAAGGGGGGACACCGACGGAAUCAUCAACGGGACGAGGAGAUUCCGGGAUUGAGUUUGGGAGAGCCGGAAGAGGCGGUUCCGGAGAGGGAAGUGGAGAUGGGCGAGGGAGAGGAGAAGAAGGUGGCAUGUAGCGGGGCGAGUAUGGGCGAGAUGCGGAUGCGGAAAUAG